AUGGCAGAAACAGAGGACCCAGAUGGAGGUCCGGCGAAGAGCCCUCAAGAGUUGAAGAGCAAAGUGUCCAGGCUACUGGAGAUGAUCGCUAAAGAAGACGAAUGUAAGUUAGAGACCGUCGAUGAGGGAAUCUCAGGGGGCCCUUUAAAAAUUGCCAAACCCACUUUCCGGAACAAGGCGGUAGAUAAUCCUGGUCUGGAAGAGGAUUUGACUGCCAUAGUUUUGAAUCUCUCAAUCGUCGAUGGCAACAAGGAGCUAAUGGAGGGCAAUCCAUUUGUCAUAUCGUUUCUAGUUGGGUCACUCAACUCCAGGACACAUCGAACAAGAAGUAUUGCUGCCGCGGCUCUGUCUAAACUAUUGGUGCUCGAUUCGAACAGGCGUCUGAUUGGAGAAGCGGGAGCAAUCGGUCCUCUGAUCAAUGUUGUCAGAGUAGGGAGCAUUUUAGCUAUCUUCAACGCUGCUUCUGCACUGUUCCAACUGUUUCAUCUUACUGAGAAUGUAACGAAUGCCAUUCGUGCACGAGCCACCAGUGUGAUACUCCAGCGGUUAGAGAAACGCACCUGUAUGGAUGAAUUGGUGGGUCUUCUUGUGAAAUUGUCUGGUGAUCAAGACACGGUUGAGGAGUUGAGGGACAUUGGAGAUGUUCCUAUCUUGCUCAAGGUAUUAGGGGAAAGCAUACCCGAACGAUGCAAAGAGAAUUGUGUGGUUAUUCUGGAGGAGAUCUGUUCUUAUUACCCGAACACUGCGAAGCAAAUUAGGAACAACUGGGAUGCCUGUGGUCUGCUCUUCACACUAAGCACGAGCAGCACAGCAACUGCAAGGGCUCAGAGGAAGGCUACUUCCAUUGUUAAGAGAAUCAUGAAUGCCGCAUCAUAG